CCAUAUCCUCAUCUGGACUCUCCAGGCUGUCGCUGCACACCGAGGGGGUCUGGAUGGGUCGGUACUUGUUCAGGUCCAACAAGCUCUUGGCGAUGGUGACCAGCGUGCAGUAAUCCUUCCAGGUGUCCCCCGGGUCACCAUGCUCCUUGGUCACCUCGCGCUCAGGUAGUCGCAGCCGCUCGGCGUCCGGAGCACCCCCAUGCUCGGGCACCGCAGCGCGGUUCGAAAUGGAAACCAAACACUGGGCAGCCACGAAGUCCAUGUAGGCGGCCGCGGACAUGGUGCGGGCGACAGCAGCCCCGGAGGCGCGGCCAAACUUGGCGGUGGCUGCGGAGGUUCGGCUCGCCGUGCCCUGGCCUCGGACGACGAGCGCGGCGCGGCGCGGCGCAGCGGCCAAGGGGGCGGGGGCGCGGGGCGCUUCCGACUCGCAGGAGCGCCGAGGCGACCUCAGCCCCUCAUCUUUACGUAACCGGCAGCGCCUCCGCACGCAGCAUCCACGGCCCCGGGCUCCGCCGCGCUGCCGCCUCUCGCCGCCUCCGGUGCCCAGAGCCGGGCGCAAUCCGCCCGACGGGCGCGCAGUCUGCUCCGAGCCGGCUCCCCUGGAAAGAUGCCACACGUGGCGGUCGCAAGUUUAUUCGACCGAAAACGCCCCGAGGCGCUGGGAAAGGAAACUGCAAGAGAGGUACACGCCCUCGGCUGCCUUUUCAGUCGAGCCAAAGCCCCAGGACAUUCACCCAACCACCCGGACGUGGGUGGCAAGGGCCGGACCAAGCGCCAGGUCUAAGAGACACUUUUCCCCCAGUCCACUGACGGCUUCUGAGCCCCUGCUCUUGCCGGUCCGCACCGUUCCGGCAUUCUCUCGCUCAGUAACAAUUUCGCAGAAUCCCAUCACGUCACAAUCCAAACCCCCUCCAAUUGGCCAGUGGGGAGGGUGAUUCAACUCUGUUUACUUUCUUCCCCUGCCAGUCAGAACAGCCUUUCGGUGGAGAGGUGCGUCUAGAACUGAGGCGUGCGGCCAAUCCGACAGUUCUGUUUCGAUGCCUCGUGCUACCUCUACAGCCUCGAACGCUGACAUUUAAAAGGGUAACAGCCGGGGGGCUGGAAAGGAGCAGCCGCGCAUCUUUGGGAGUGUCUCUCAAUCCCUUGGCCGGUCCAGGCCUCUUGGGCACGUUCCAGCUUGCGGAGCUGUGGGAUACACCUUCCCUACUCGGUUGCGUUCCUUCUUACGACAAAAGAGAACUUCAGUUUCAUUUUCCAGCUCGCAAACAGUUAAGUGACUUCCUGCAAACGCUACAGUCCCAGCAACCAGCCUUCCAAUCAAAAGCUCCCGUGGGAUGUUAGGGCGUGUAUCCCUUCCCUCACUUAACAGAUAUGAAGACUGAGAUGCAAGAAAGUGACUUGUGACAGAACUCCAUUGAAAACAUAAAUCUGAUUCCUGGCUCUUCGGGCUUCACAACUGAACUCUUUGGUUUGUGAAAUAUUAACUCUGCUUAACAGAUUCUUAAGAACUGGAACCAGCCAGAGAUCCUUAGCCAUUGAAUAUUGUGGUAUUACUUGAUCAACAAUUAGUAUGACUCUUAGGGUCUGAUUAACUAUGUUUGCCUCUCCCUCUGUAGGAAUGAUGGGGUUGUUUUCCAUCUUGAUAGCUGAGAAAAUAAUCUAGGGCCAAUGUGUCUUCCAGGAGGUGUACUAUCUGCAGAAUUGAUUAAAAAUACAUUUAUUUUCCUAAGUGGGUGUGAGGGAUACCUGUUUCUAUGUGAUGUAGAUCCAGUGAGGUCUAACCAUACCCCCACUGACUUAGCCUUUGUUAAGGUUUGGGAAAGUUACAUCAGGUUCCUGGUCUCUAAAGGAAGGGUCUCAAAUUUACCCUUCUAGUUUGAAGUCUACUGUAGUUUAUUUCGACUUUGCUUUUAAAGUGGUACAGAAAGAUACUGCAGUAGGUGACUACACGGGAAAGGGAAGCUUAGAAAGGGGGUGCUGGUCAACUAAGAAUAUCAUCGUCACCAUCCUACUAAGGUAGGUGGUAGGUACAUGUAAAGUGAAGCCAUCUUAGAGUUCUUGUAUUCCAAUCCCCUUAAUUUUAGAAAAGAAUUCACUGAAGCCCAAGGGAGUCUGCCUACUUCAUGAUUUUUCUGGGACAAACUCUGUCCCCAAGGAUACAAGAUCAGUUAGAAAUUUCACAUUUACUUGCCUCUUUAAGGUCCACCACAGAUACCAGCAGGAUCUCUCCAGGACUCCCAUGAGCACAGCCUAUACAGUCUCUCAGAUUUGCAUUGUGACUGGCCUUGCAGUGGGCACCUUCAGAUAGCAGAAAGCCCUAGAGUUAACAUCGGGGUUAUUCCAGAAAAGAGGAAAGUUUGUAUCUUUCCUUGACGAUUGUAAUCCAGGAAGUUGAAUAAGUCAAUCAUCAUAGGUUUUUGUGGUUUUUGUGUGUUUUUUUCUAUAUAGACUUACUUCUUGCCCUCUUCUCUUUA